AUGCUACCGAUUAAACUAAAGCUAAAGCAAACGAAAGACGUGCUGUGGAUAGUGCUCAUCACUCUCAUUCGCUGGGAUCCUGACGUUAUCAGCGGUUUGCAGUCGCCACCGUUACCGCUUCUAUUUCCAACUUUCCAACCAUAUUCGUUUAUUCAGAGUCCUACUCCUGCAGCAUUGUACAGUCCAACAGCACCAUUAAAUAUCAACGAAAUUACUGCCAUUCUGCGAAAACUAGGUAGCCCCGAUCAAGAUCGUCUCAGCACUUUGGAUAUUGCAAAGCUGCUUGAGGUGCAUUCCUGA